UAUCGUUACCCCAAGCGACCGCUCUAAUAGAACUGUAAUUGACAUUAGAAACUGUAGUUUUUUAAUUUUGAUACACUUGAUUUUUAAAACGUAACUGUAAAAAUUUAUACGAAAAUAAAAUUGCAGUGAUAUUGUCUACAAUAAAUUGAAAGUCGCAAAAGCAUAUUCAAGAUGCAAUCGAGAGUACUAAGUCCGCACAACCAUAUUGAAAUUAACCGGGAACGUCAAAGCGUCGUGCAAACCAAUUUAAGCGGCGGACUUUAUCAAACCAAUCGCAUAAAAGAUAUCAGUCCUACUUCGUCAAAAACAUUAAAAGAAAAUGAGCUGCAACUGAACAGCCUACCGACGACUGCAGCACAAAACGAGCAAGAAAAUGUACUCCCGGCGAAUAGAACUUCUGUCAAUAAGAUAACAAAGCGCCAGGGGCAUUACUUGCAACGCUUUCUCGGGUGGAAGGAAUGGAAGGAAGCUGAAAGGCAGAAGAAAAAAAAGGAAGAAAAGGAAGCGCAAACAGAUUUAAAUGCUGAAGUAGAUGCGCAGAAAAAAAGACGCUCACUAUAUGUUUUGGAUUCCAAACCAGAGAUGACGGCUCCAAUAUCUUUGCAAUUGCCGGCCGCUAAGAAACCCUUGGAUUUUGCACCUAUGCCCACAGCGACAAAACCUCCUAUUACGUCUACAUCUGCGGGUACUUCGAAGACUGUGGCAAGUGCUGUUAAGCUUCUAGCUACUGACAGAAAUGCUAGAAUAAAGCCACAAACAGCUGUACCGAAUGGUUCGGCGAAGCCGCCAUUAACUGCAUCUGAUAAUCAAGCAGGGAAUCUGAAGCAGACGGCGAAGUCUCUGCAAGCAGCCACUGAACCCAUAAUAAAAAAGGCACAAAAAGGGGUUGACCCAAAACAAAAGCCACCGACGACCCUUGGAGUUAAAAAAAUGAUGGUAGGGUCCGUUAAAAACGCAUCAAGGUCGCCGAAAUUGACAACAAUCAGAAACAGGGCAAGAGGUGGUGCAGCCCAAUGCAAAGCCACAGAUAAAAAUAGUCUUUCCUCGCAGCUCUCGCAACGCAUGAAGUCCAAAAAGCCCGCGUUCCUAAACUGCAAGCAAAAACAAGCAAUACUUACCAAACCAAACUUGCUACAAGAAACGUGCGAUUUGCAGACCCCCAAUACGUCACUUCAUGUUGUCAGCAAUAAGCAUUUAUUCAAGGCAAUGGCGACAUCUACUGAGCGCAAGUCCAAUAAAAAUAGCGAUAAUUUAUUGGAGACCUACGGAGACAUAACCAAUAUAAGUCCUGUGGCAGUUGGCGAUAGGUCCAAUGGGAUAGUGUCUGUUGCUAAACGACAAUUGUUGGCGUCGUCGCCGACACUGAAGGAGUCGGCAGUAGAGGAAGACAUGAGAAAGUUGACGAAGACUCCGACACGCACUGAUAAGCAUCAAAAACGUCGCUCAAUGAAUGAUGUUGAAUCUAAAGCAGAGAUGCCGGUUUGUAAUUCAACGAAAAACAAAAAACUUCCAGAUAUUCCCAAGGUAACAACGGGUCCAAUAUCUAUGCAAAUGCCGGCUGCAAAAAAAACUUUGGAUAAUGCUGCUACUAGUGCAGUUAAGUCCAAAGCUAAGCACAUACCUUUUCAAGUGGCCACAACGAAAAAACCUUCGUCUUUUGUUGCGUCCACUGCUGGAGUUAAAUCAAAGCCUGCGGCAAAGUCAGUUAAGCCUUUCACUAUUGGCCGAAAUCUUCAAAAUGUUGAAAUGAAGCAACAAUCGAGGUCACAGCAAGCAUCUACUGAGCCUAUGAUAAAAAAGACACAAAUAGAGGCCGAACCUAAACGACAGCCACCAACAACCCUAGCAGCUAAACAAAAUAUGGUGGGGUCUGCUAAAAACGCACCAAGGCCGCAAAAUUUGAUGACACAGCCAUUCGAAUUACCUGCAACAAGCAGAAACAGAGGAGGAGGUGGUGCAGCCCAAUGCAAAACCAAAUCCAAAAACAGUAUUUCUUCACAGCUUUCGACACGCAUGAAGUCCAAAAAGCCGGCGCUCCUGAACUGCAAGCAAAGACAAGCAAUAUUUACCAAGCUGAACCUGCUGCAAGCAAAUUGCGAUUUGCAGAGCCCCGAUACGUCACUUUAUAUUGUCAGCAAUAAACAUUUAUUAAAGGCAGCGGCGACAUCUACUGAAUGCAAUUCCAAUAAAAAUAGCGACAAUUUGUUGAAGACCCACGGAAAGACGACCAACAUAAGUCCUGUGGCAGUAAGCAAUGAGUCCAAAGAAACAGUGUCUGUUGCUGAAAGACUGUUGACAGGGUCACCGACACUAAAGGAUUCGCAACAGACGUUGCCGGCAGUAGAGGCUGACGUGACGAUGUUGGCGAAGUCCCCGAUACGUACACAACCAAGACAAUCAAUUUACCUAAGUCCUUUUGUGACCGUGUCACGUGGAAAAGAGAGCACUCGAAUGCAGCGUGACAAUUCCAACAAUACUCUCAUACAGAGUCCAAGUGAGAAAAAACCAGAAACGCCCGUUGCUUUGCGUAGCACACUAAGCUCUGUACAAUACUUCCGAAUGCAACUGGAUAAUGAAAUUAGGCGCCUCCAUUCGCUUUGUGCUGAAUGGCACUUAUAUAACAACCAAAAUGAAGCGCGACUUUUGGAGAAUGGGGCAAAGGACAUGAUAGAUGCGGCUAUUGGACAAACAAAGCUGCUUACCAGCAAGAAACUAAUGCAGUUUAAGAGUCUAAUUGAUCGCUGUGAAGCAGGUGCUACCGGCAUUGGUUUGCCUCCCAAUGAUGGCAGUGAGGCUUCUAAACCUGUGUUCGUCGAAGAUUUAGAGGGUUGGUGGGAUAUGUUGCGUUUACAGAGCGAAAAUGUAGACAAACGGUUUGAUCGUUUGCUGCACCUGAAAGCCAACGAUUGGCAGGAUCCAGAUGCGGAGGCAGUGCCCAAAACCAAGUCAAAAGUGGGUCUUAAAACAAAACGGAAACAAACCGCUAAACCAAGCAGCGAAUUAAAAAGCUUUUUGCGAAAGGCUUAUGCAGCCAAGCGAAUAAAUCAGGUAUCUGGCGAAAUCAGCGAGAAAAGCAGCCAGCCAAACGUUACUCCGAAGCGUCAGUCUCAGCAUCGUUUUAUUGUGGUUCGCGACCGCAAAUCCUUCUCGCCGGCACGAACCGUGCUUCGUGUAUCACGUGACACCGAUAAUCGUCCAUCUAUUGGUGGUAAUAGUUUAUUGAAAUCUGCGAUUAUGGGCGCAGCGGAGCAAGUAUCUCGUCAGCAGUUGACGCCACGUUCUGAGCAGCCCAUGUCCAUUUUAAAAACGCCUGGAACCAAAAAACGUGAGCCUGGUGCCCACGGUGUUAUAUUUAGCGCCAAGAAAAAAGUGCGUCGUUUUCAGUUCACCUUCGACGAAGGCAAUAUAAGUGGAGAAGAGGUUGUCAUUGGCAACAAGACGGAAGACUGUGAAGAGGACAUGACCCCAGAAAGACCCUCGCUUCAAAACGGUCAGCUAGAGAAUUCCGUAAAUGCAGCAACUGAGGAAGGAGAUGGGAAUGCGUCAAGGGCAUAUUCACUUCGCAAUCGUAUUAUUAGAUUAAGACCAUCAUCGGAGUUUAUGUAGAAUUUCAAAUGGUCGAACUAUUUUUUUUAAAUUGUUUCUAAAAACUUUAUUCUUAUGUUUUGAAAUUGUUUUUGCGCCCAUCAUCUAGAAUUCUAAAAUGGUAGUUUAUUGUAUUUUAGUGUUAAUUAUGUUU